AUGCAAUUCAAGAGCAUUAUCGCCGUACUGGCCGCGGGCCUCUCCAUGGUCACUGCUGAGGCCGACAUCACGACGACGUCGACUCAAACUCUGACCAAGACCAUCACCAUCACGUCGUGCAAUCCGACGGCCACAAACUGCCCUGGCCGCACCUCGACCGCCACCUCGACUACUACGUCCUGGGCGUUCCCUCUCUCCAAUUCGACCAGCACCGUCGGCCCCACCGCCAGCCAUCCGUCGUCAAUCGUCAUUCCCAGCAGCUCGAAGCCUCUUGUCACUCAAACCUCGCUCGUCGGGGUCACUUCGUCGUCACCGUCAAAGACAACGGCGGCUGCCACCACCAUCCCUACAGCUGCCGCUGGUGGUCUCUUUGUUCAGCCCGCUGUGCUUCUCGGUGUUCUCGGUGCCGGUAUCGCUUUCCUGGCAUAGACGCGCAUGACCGACUUUAUUACAGGGACCGAUUUGGCAUUGACGACUGCAU